UUUUGCUCCAUUAUUUUUGUACAGUCAGAGUCUUUCAGUGUACCUCACUCUCUCACUCACACACACGCAUUUUGCACCAACAAGGCCCCUCUCUUUCUCUCUCUAAGAGGCUCAGAGCUGGCAUGGGCCAUUGUCAGGUGUCUGCUUUUCACUACCCCUCCACAUUCACCACCUUUAUCACUCUCUCACUACCAUUACUUUAGAAACUACCCUUCUCUCUCUCCCUCUCUGUCAAUCUAUGCAUUCAUCAAUCACAUUCAUGAAUGGGCUGUAAAUGACAAUCCUGGAAAUGGGCUCUAGCUCUAUGACCGAUUCAGGGAGCUCCUCCUCCUCUUCCCCACCUAACUCCUCCACCGAGUCUCUCAACGGCUUGAAAUUUGGCCGGAAAAUCUACUUUGAGGAUGCGAGUCUCGGAGCUCCAUAUAAAUCCGGGUCUGCUGGGUCUUCUUCCUCUGGGGCUACACCGCCCAAGAAGCAAAGGGGUGUGAAUUUGGCUCAGCCGGGUCAGCCACCGAGGUGUCAGGUUGAGGGCUGCCAGGUAGAUCUGAGUGAUGCCAAAGCUUACUAUUCCAGGCACAAAGUCUGUGGCUUGCACUCUAAGACCCCCAUGGUCAUUGUUGCUGGUCUUGAACAGAGGUUUUGCCAACAGUGUAGCAGAUUUCAUCAGCUUCCUGAAUUUGACCAAGGAAAACGUAGUUGCCGUAGACGCCUGGCUGGUCAUAAUGAGCGCCGCAGAAAGCCACAACCUGGAUCCAUAUUGUCUGCGCGUUUUGGCCGACUUUCUUCAUCUAUCUAUGAAAACAGCAGCAGAGUUGGAAGCUUUCUCAUGGACUUCACAGCAUACCCAAGGCUUUCAGGGAGGGAUGCAUGGGCAACCACGAGAACGUCUGAGCGGGUACCUGGAAAUCAAAAUUCCAAUGACACGGGGAAGUUUCUUCAACAUCCAUGGCAGAGCAACUCUGAGAUUACUCCAUCAGGCCUUUACCUGCAAGGUUCAGCGGGCGGGACUAAUUAUCCUGGUCCUGGAAUUCCUCCGGGAGAAUGCGUCACAGGAGUCACUGACUCAAGCUGUGCUCUCUCUCUUCUGUCAAGUCAACCAUGGGGCUCUAGAAACCGAGUAUCGGGUGUUGGGAUGAACACCGUGAUAAACACUCAAGGGCCACCUGUGGGUCAACCGAUCACUCAUGCUGGGACUGCCAACCACUUUCCGACCACUUCGUGGGGUUUCAAGGGAAAUGAAGCCGGUGGCAGCUCACACGAGAUGCUUCCUGAUCUUGGUCUUGGUCAAAUAUCGCAGCCUUCUCUUAGUACUCAGUACUCUGGUGUGCUUGAGUUGUCUCAACAGAGCAGCAGGAGGCAGCAACAAAUGGAACUUGGACACACCAGGGGCUAUGAUACCAGCAGUCAGCAUAUUCACUGGUCACUUUAAAAUAGGUCCCUUGGUUCUCCAGUUCUUAUGAAUGCCUUGUUAUUGUGUCUUAAAACUUUGGAACCUUUUGAAGGUUUUAUUAUGUUUUGUUGGGUAGAAAACUUAAACUGGCCAUGCUUUGUGUGUGUAUGUUUUGUUAAGACUAAGAAGAUCAGAAUCUAAGGUUAGCAUUCAACGCUUGAAGUGCCUACCUAGCAAUGAAGCUACUAUUUUAGAUUUUGGAAUCUUAUUAUGAUUAUUGAUGGUUGGUAAAUUUCUUUGAA